AUGGCGCGAGAGCUGAGCAAGGAGAACCUGGAGUUGGUCCUCAUGCAGGCCAUGAUGGCCGCCAAGAACGUGCGCACGCAGCGCGACCGCCUCCUGGAGCUCCACCGCCGCCUGGAGCGCCACCGGGCCGCCCCCGCCCCCACCCCUGCCGACGCCGAGGCCAGGCUCGGGCAGAUCGCCUCGGACGUCUUCAAGGUCUAUUACCUCGGCCUGGAUCCCGGCGCCAGGAUGCUCUCGGUCUGCCUCGACACCGCCGUCAAGAACCGCGCCGUCUCCGCCGUCAACAUCGCCUUCGCACUCCUGCCCGACGAGCAGCUCUACGACGCGCUGCUCGCGCAGAAGCUCCCGGCCCGCCCCACCACCCAGGCCCAGGCCAUCGCCCGCGUCGAGUCCGCCAUCUUGGCCGUCAAGAUGCUCGAGGAGCACCACCUCCCGCGCUGCGUCGAGUGCCUCGUCGGCGGCCAGGCCCCCGUCCCCGGCAAGCCCCGCGACCCGGUCGCCGCCGCCACCGAGAGCCUCGCCAAGGCCGAUCUGUCCGACGACCCGGACGCCACCGCCAAGACCCGUCACGUAGCCAGCGACGGCGACGUGGACAAGGCGCUCGACUACCUGUGCCGCGCAAACCGGAUCACGGCCCUCGCCAUCAAGCACAUCGACCUCGCCGUCGCCGUCCUCUCCCGCUUCCUCGACCGCAAGGAGCUCGCCCGCCUCGCCAAGUUGACCGACCGUGGCGCCUACCUAGGAGUUGAGAUUAGCCAGCCCACUACUUCACCUGAUCCAUCGACGCUGUCGACAUGGGACUGA